GGGAGAGAGAGAAGAGAGAGAGAGGAGCAUCCCCCCAUGUACUCUCCUUGCUACACACACAGCAAGAACUGAGCAUCUUCCUACAGGAAGCCAGGAGAGGGUUUGCACCAUGACUGUGUGACACACAGAGGAGACCCUCAUAGGAGCUGCACUGCUGGCUGAUCAAUCACACAUUGGAGUCAGCAGAGAAGGGAGAUGCACAGGCUCUAGCUCCAGGAGACAAGGCUGCUGUUUGAGGGGUAUCUGCCUGCACACCCCACCCACUGCUCCUUCAGAUCAUCAGUCAUCUGGAUUUUGACAGAUCUCGCAACCUUGAUGGACAGGCAAAAAGGAGCAGCUCUGAGAUAGGCAGAGAGGAGAAGGGGGGUCUUGUCUCUCUCCAUGCUCCUGUCUCCAGCACACCAGGUCCCACCUUAUCCCCCAGCCCUGUGGACCCCUCUAGCCAGGAGCCGCCGCUGCCGCUAUUGCUGCUAGCACCCUCACCUUCUAUUGUCUCCAGCCAAAAAGGACAAUCACAGGCGGAUUGCACUCGGAAUGGCACAAAGGUACGACGAAAUGGUGCAUUACCCAGGGUUAGAUGGCAUCCCUUUGGCCGGCUUUGGGGAUGCACACACAGGAAGAGCGAUGCAGCACCACUCUCUCAGCCAGAGCUCACCCUAUGGGUCUGCGGGGGCGGCUCACCGGGUCCCAAUGCCCCCUGGUAUGGGCGGCAAUGACGGCCUGAAGAGGGAGAAGGAUGAGAUUUAUGGACACCCCCUCUUUCCCCUACUGGCGCUGGUGUUUGAGAAGUGCGAACUGGCGACGUGUUCGCCGCGGGACAAUUCCGGCUCCUUCCCAGGGGGGGACGUGUGCUCAUCGGACUCCUUCAAUGAAGAUAUUGCAGUGUUUGCUAAACAGGUCAGAACGGAAAAACCUCUCUUCUCGUCCAAUCCCGAGCUGGAUAACUUGAUGAUACAGGCGAUCCAGGUUUUACGAUUUCACUUGUUAGAGCUGGAAAAGGUUCAUGAUUUGUGUGAUAACUUCUGCCAUCGAUACAUCACCUGUCUGAAAGGCAAGAUGCCCAUCGACUUGGUGAUAGACGACCGUGAUGGCUCCUCCAAAUCAGACCUGGAAGAUUUCACAGGAUCCUGUACAAGUCUAUCAGACCAGAAUAAUUCUUGGAUACGGGACCACGAUGAAACAGGCUCCACCCACUCAGGAACACCGGGUCCGUCCAGUGGAGGGUUGGCUUCGCAGAGUGGCGAUAAUUCCAGUGAACAGGGUGACUGUCUAGACAACAGCGUGGCCUCACCCAGUACGGGGGACGAUGAUGACUUAGACAGGGACAAAAAAAGGAACAAGAAACGAGGCAUUUUCCCUAAAGUCGCCACAAACAUCAUGAGAGCGUGGCUCUUCCAGCACCUUUCGCACCCGUACCCCUCAGAAGAACAAAAGAAGCAGCUAGCACAGGACACAGGGCUUACGAUACUACAGGUCAAUAACUGGUUCAUUAAUGCAAGAAGGCGGAUCGUUCAGCCAAUGAUUGACCAAUCAAACCGCACAGGUCAAGGUGGAGCACCCUAUAGCCCGGAUGGUCAGAACAUGGGGGGAUACGUCAUGGACGGGCAGCAGCACAUGGGAAUCCGCCCACCAGGCUUCCAAGGAAUCCCAGGGGACUACACUGCGGCCCCGGGGUCUAUGGCCAUGGGAUUCCCUCCAGCCGGUUACACGCCCGCCAUGCCCUCGCACCCUGCCGGCCUGCGUCACGGACCUUCUUUACACUCCUACCUCCCAGGGCACCCCCAUCACGCCUCCAUGAUUCUGCCCGCAGGUGCCUCCCCUCACCACCUGGUGUCAGCGCAGAGCCCGGCGGAUGCACUUCUGAACGGUCAAAACAUAGACAUUCACGCUCACUAACAUUCAGCCAAACCGGGUGUCAGCUUCUCUUUUAACCUUUUCUUCCAGCUUCCAAAA